UCGGCGCGGGUCAGUGAGCCCCGGUCGCCGGCCGGUCGUCGGUCGCGGGUCGUCGGAGGCGACGGCAGCACUCGCCGGCGGCCCGCCGACGGCGACGCACGCGACGGUGCCGUCCGCCGGCGGCGACGACCGUCGGCAACGACGAUCACCCACUGCAGAGAUCUGAUGCGGUCAGGCUCAGUUUAACGCCGCCCGCUGCUUCAUUACCACCACGCCGUGUGGGUGCGACGCCACCGUCCUUCCAGCGAUGUCGACGCUGCUACACUGGCUCCUGCUGCUGCUGCUGCCGGCCGCGCUGCUUGCUCAGGAGCCGACGUUCCAGUGCCAGGAGAUCAGCAUCCCGAUGUGUCGCAGCAUCGGCUACAACAUGACGCUGAUGCCGAAUCAGUUCCACCACGACACGCAGGAGGAGGCGGGGCUCGAGGUGCACCAGUACUGGCCGCUGGUCGAGGUGCGGUGCUCGGCCGACCUGCAGUUCUUCCUGUGCGCCACGUACGUGCCCAUCUGCCUGCAGCAGUACCAGCGCUCGCUGCCCGUGUGUCGCUCGGUGUGCGAGCGGGCGCGCGCCGGCUGCGAGCCGCUCAUGGCCGACUACCACUUUACCUGGCCCGAGCGGCUCAACUGCUCCCUGCUGCCCAACUACGGCGACCCGGAGCGACUCUGCAUGGACAACAAGAACGGCGAGGCGCCGCCGCCGCCGCCGCCGCUGCCGCCGCCGCCGCGCCCGCCGCGGCCCUGCGCGUGCGAGUGCGCCGCGCCGCGCGCCGUGCCGCUGCGGCCCGGCCACCGGCUUUUCAACCGGUCUGUGGUGCUGGGCGGCGUGGCCGAGUGCGCGCUGCCCUGCCGCGCCCCCUACUUCAGCGCCGCGCAGCACCGCUUCGCCGAGCGCUGGGUGCUGAGCUGGGCGGUGCUGUGCGCCGUCAGCAGCUCGCUGACGGUGGCCACGUUCCUGAUCGACCAGAGCCGCUUCCAGUACCCGGAGCGGCCCAUCGUGUUUCUGGCCGGCUGCUACCUGCUGGUGUCAGCCGGCUACCUGGUGCGAAUUGGUGCCGGUCACGAGCUCACCGCCUGCGACGGUGGCGCCAUCCGGUACGACGCGACCGGAGUGCCGGCCGGCGCCGCCCUCUGCACCGUCGUCUUCCUGCUUGUUUACUUUUUCGGCAUGGCCAGCGCCGUCUGGUGGGUGAUCCUCUCGCUCACCUGGUUCCUGGCGGCCGGCCUCAAGUGGGGCAACGAGGUGAUCGCCGGCUACUCGCCCUACUUCCACCUGGCGGCCUGGGUCAUCCCGGCGGGGAAGGCGAUCGCUGCGCUAGCGCUGGAGGCGGUGGACGGUGACGGUCUGACCGGGGUCUGCUACGUGGGCGGCCAGAGCCUGGGCAACCUCCGCGGGCUCGUGCUGGCGCCGCUGGUGGCCUACCUGCUGCUCGGCACCUCCUUCUUGCUGGCCGGCUUCGUCGCGCUCUUCCGCAUCCGCAGCGCCAUCAAGCAGGACCGUGGCAACAAGGACAAGCUGGAGAAGCUAAUGUUCCGCAUCGGCGUGUUCUCGGUCCUGUACACGGUGCCGGCGUCGGUUGUCGUCGCCUGCCUCGUGUACGAGCAGCAUCUGCGGCCCGCCUGGGAGAGGGCACUCGUCUGUCCGUGCGGCGGCGGCAGCGGCGGCGUGCCCAACUUUAACAUCUUCCUGCUGCGAUACUUCAUGUCCCUGGCCGUCGGCGUGACGUCCAUCAUCUGGGUCUGCUCGCGCAAGACGCUGCGCGCGUGGUGCGCGGUGCUCGGCUGCCGCCGGGCGGGCCCGCCGCGGCGGGCCGAGGAGCGGCAGCCGGCGCCGGCGCCGCUGCCGCCGCCGCCGCCGGGCCUCGCCGGCGCCGAGUCGGCAGCGGCGCCGAGCAUCGCCGGCCAGGAGCCGCUGCUGCCGCACAACGCGGCGUUCUCGCACACGACGUCGCACACGCUGAGCGACGCCAACCCGGCGCCGUCGCACAACUCGCUGCCACUGAGUCACGUGUGAGGCUGACGCCGCUGACGACUGCGGCGCGGCGGCGUCCGUCACCAGCUGGCGUUCUGCCGCGCGCCGAGCGCCGCCACCGAGGACAGGCAGAGGCUCAGAGCAUGGGAGACCAUGACCACAAGGCGGCGGAACGACAGUGAAGAUCGUGUUUUGCGAUCAGUGAUCGGCGGAUGUGUAUUCGCUUCAAAAGCAAGACGUGUUCCCGCUGCGCGCGGAUGCAUGUGGGACUGACUGGAAAGGCGGAGAGCCACCCCGGCCAGGACCGGACUAAUGACCUAAA